AUGGUACACCGCAGCAUCUUCUUCAGAGUCUUGGUGGCUUCACUUUCUGUUGCUCCAGGCUCAGCCCUUCCUGCCCCUCAAAUCGGCGAUUAUGGGGAGAAUAAGGGGCCCGUAGGGGGAGUCAAACCUCCAACGCCAACAGUCACUUCGACCAGCGGCUCGCUGUACGGUGACUCUAGCUUGCUUGGCGGCAACGCUCCCCUCCGAGACCCUGAGCAAGAUUCUGCGAUCGUCAAGGACCCAAAGCUCGUCAAUGGCCAGAAAGCAGACCCUAAGCUCGGACUCUACCUGGAUUUUGAUGGUGUAGAUGUACCCCAGCCAAUCCGUGGCGAGCUAGGUGCCACAGAUCCUGGUCCUCGAACUUAUGACUAUGAGAGACUCAACCCCGAUCUUUUCGCUCCUCCAGGAACAGAUGCCGGAGAUGUCCCCAAUGCCAUGUGGCCGCUUGGACUUUCUCACAACCGUCUUGGUAGUGAUGCUGGCGCUGGAUGGGCUCGACAGCAGAACCAGGAUGUCCUUCCUGCUGCUACUGCCAUGGCUGGAGUCGACAUGCGUCUCGCUCCGAACGCGUACCGCGAGCUGCACUGGCACACUGCCAAUGAAUGGGCGUUGGUCACAAAAGGCUGUCUUCGUGUCGCUGCUGUCAACGAUGAGGGUAAAAGCUUUGUCGAUGAUCUCUGUGAAGGCGACGUCUGGUUCUUCCCUGCUGAUGAGACAUUCCUUGUAUCUGAGUUGUUCUUGCGAAACCCCGUCUCCGUUCUGGCAAAGAACUUUGAGACCGAGACAACGGCCUUUGAUAACAUCCCCAAGGAUGAGCUCUAUAUUUUCAACGGAACACCAGCGCCGAAAGAUAUCGAAAAACAGAACGUGACGGGCUCAGCCGGAGCGCUGACAGGCAAUGGUUCAUACACAUACCAUUGGUCUCAGCAGAAGCCCCAUACCGUACCCGGAGGCUCUGUCAAGAUCAUUGAUCCUACCACCUUCCCGAUCGCCAAAGGUUUCUCUGCCGCUCUUGUUGUCGUACAGCCUGGUGCACUCCGCGAGAUCCACUGGCAUACUACCUCCGAUGAAUGGAGUUACUUCCUCCAGGGCAGCGGUAGAAUCACCGUUUUCAAAGCAGCCUCAUCCGCCCGCACCUUCGACUUCACUGCCGGUGGCGUUGGAUAUAUCCCUGCUGCAAACUCUCACUACGUCGAGAAUACUGGAACAGAGGACUUGAUCUUCCUUGAGGUUCUUCAGGCGCCCAAGUUUUCAGAUGUUUCGGUGGCACAAUGGUUGGCUUUGACUCCCAAACAGAUUGUGAAGGAUCAUCUCAAGGUUUCAGAUAAGUUUUUGGAUUCGUUGCCCAAGGAGAAGCAGUUCAUCAAGACGGGAGACGUGAACAUGACGGCCAUUGCAGACGAGGCUUAG